UGCGGUUGGGGUGGGGGCACGCUUGCCUGCGCUCUCGCUCUUGCUCUUGCGCGUGCCGAGGAGAUGGUUUUUUACAUGCUCUCCUUCACGGCGGAGCUGGAGAACCUCACCAAUCUCCAGCCCCGCGGCGGCUGCGACGAUCCCAACUACCCUUACUACUUCAAGGUGAAAUGCGAGAACUGCGGGGAGGUAAGCCAGAAGGAGACGUGCGUGACGAUGUCCGAAUCGGUCCCUCUCCCCAAUGGAAAGGGAACUGUCAAUCUCGUGCAGAAGGAUUACCGCAAUACACUGUGGGAUUAUGGUGUGAAGCACCAAGCCCCCAUGCACAUGGCAAUGCACUUUUUCAUUGGUAGCAGGUGCAAGCUAUGUGGGAGGGAAGGAUCCAUUCAGAUGAUUCCUGGGCACGGUCAGCCAUUGACUCAUGAACUUAGUCAGCAUGAAUUGAACACCAGAUUGAUGGUUUUGGACUGCAGAGGCUUUGAACCUGUUGAUUUCUCUUUUGGUGAUGGAUGGAAGGCUGAAUCUACAAGUGGCACUCCAUUUGAAGUGGAUCUAUCUGGAGGGGAGUUUGCAGACUAUGAUGAGAAGGGAGAAUGUCCAGUUGGGGUAACCAAUCUUCGGGCAAUGUUUACAGUGGUAAAGAAGCAAAAGCGAUGGUGCGGGACAGCUUUUGUUUGACGGCAGUAGUUUAUGAAUGUCAUGUCACAAGAUGUACGCAAAAAUUUGGCCAUGAUGCUACGAGACCUGUUAUCUUCAACCAUGAUAUUAUAUACUUCCUCUCAUCCCUUUGUUCAUAUGCUUAAUCUUCAUGAAUUUCGUGUUUGCACAGCUAUUUGAUGGUUAGAUUCUGUUAUGACUCUAUUGACUUGUGAGCUAGGACUUUGUUGCCAAACAUUUUAAUGAUUCCCUUGCCUUUUUGGGAUGUGUAGCUUGACAUGCUAGCUUCAAUUAUACUAUCAUGUAUCCCUCAUUUUGAAUUAAUCGUAC